AUGUGUUCUCGAGCUCGGCUGGAGCUGUUAAUUAUUCUCGCUAGUGUAAAUAUUGCUCAGUGCGCAUCCGACCAGGUCCUGUCCUGUCUACGACAAGAACGAUCAAAGCACGAAAAUCCUGUACAGAAUGUAGUUACGGUAAUGGCACAAGAGCCAGCAUAUCUUCAUUGUCGAAUACCAGAAGGAACCAGUCAUAUGGUAGCUUGGACCCGUUCAUCUGAUCAAGCACUUCUGACAGCAGGAGAGCAUUCGUUCACGUCCGAUCCACGAUUUCAGGUGUCAAAAAAGUCCGAUUCUGAUUGGAUCCUCAUAUUGAGGCGAGCAGACCUCGGUGACACAGGCUGUUACCUUUGUGAAGUAAAUACGGAGCCACUGAGUACUAUCUAUGCUAUAUACCUGGAUGUGCAAAAACCUCCCACCGCAGCAGUACCAAACCGACAGCGGGGUACACGUCUAAUGGCAAACAUGGCCGGUGAUGAAGUGCUCCUGAACUGUACUGUAGCAGUUGGCAAUGAGCCAGCUGACGAUGACGUCAUUUGGACCCGAGACGGCAAAGAGAUGAAUUUGAACGACACAAACAAAUACAUUUGGAAAGUAAAACGCUCGGCAGGAGUCAUUGUGCAUACAGUUCGAAUUCGAGAGGCCACGAUGGAAGAUGAUGGAAACUAUGCUUGCGAGAGCAGACAUCAACGAGCAAGCCAAAUCGUUCACGUAAAUAAAGCAGAAGCCCAGCGGAGUUGUUCUACGCCUUUGCUGACUUUGCUCAGCUCAUUGGCCCUCGUCAUGGCUGCCCAGAAAAUUUUAUGACAGCGAUAUCUGAUCGGCAAUUAUCCACUGAACAUAUUCAUUCCGCUCAACCUGGCGACAUUAUCACCGAUUAUCACAACAUUUACCCCAUGAUAAUUGAUUCAUACAUUUUGUUGUUGUUCAAAAACUCUGCCGCGAUCUAUGGGAAAACAGUAUUUUUGUUUUGUUAGUUUCUUGCGACUUUCAGUGAAGGCGCAUUGAAUGCUAGCGCCUCACAUAGGGUACAAUCUUGUGAACGUUCUCUUUUGAUUUUACGAUCUUUCAUUCAAUUCGCC